CACGAAGGCAGGCCGAAAAAAAACUGGCUCGAGUGCACGGAUCGAGCCAACAUGAGGGUGUCCGGCAGGGACAGCAGCCGCCCACCCUCGUGCGCGGGGGGUGAAGCACCAGAAGGACACCAACAGCGACACCGGCAGCGACACCGGCAGCGACACCCAUAUUCGCCCUGCCGUCUGCCCGGUCCGACCAUAGAAGGGCUGGCACGGAUGCGUUGCCGUGCGCUGGCUUGGCUGACAACGGAGAUCGGAUGCAGAUGUUCAUUCCUGGCGGCCUUGAACCGAGCCAACCUGCCCCGUCCGAUGCACCCAGGUAUCAGUCGGAUGACUGCGAUCGGAGAUAUCGCUCGAUUGCAGACAGCCUCGAUCAGCAGCAUCCACAGAGGCUCUCUGAAGCAAAUGUACCCCGUUCAUCCAGCCGGCAAUCGUACCAGUAGUCGAACCCCUCCCAAUCACGAUGUAUUGGCGUUGAGCCCUGGUCGACACUACCAGCAGAGUUGGAAGGAAAUAUAUGCACUUUCUUGCAGCAGCGCUAAUUCCAAAUCAUCUUUGCAUCGGACGAUGGCCAAGCGGUCCAGUGAGACCAGCGAUCCCUACGAGGGAGAUCUCGUCAGCUCCAACGACUCGUAUCCCCUCCAAUGCUAUCGUGGCAAUCUGACCUUUGGGUGGUCCGGCAUCCACGCCAAGUUGAAUGAGCCUGCACGAGACAUUGUGAUCGAGUCCGGAUACUGGGAAUCUUCCAUGCUCUCGAGUCAUAUAUAUGAGAUUCUACUGCGCGAAAUCAUGGGCUAUCCAGCCAUCAACAGGCUCUACGUUGGAGGGGUUGUAACUGGAAACCGGCUGAAGCACGGAGUCACGGAUCUCUCGGUCGAGCUUUGGCAGUCGGACGCAACAUACUUUCAGCAAAUGGUCGUCUUUGAGGAGUCGAUCAUCUAUGCUGGGACAAUCAACUACUUUGGCCACAUCGGGUGGUACGUCCCAACCUGGGUCGUCAAUCAAUAUCCUCAAUACUUUAUCGAUUUUUGGCGAGCGUUCACGAACCCGAAUGUGAUUGCGUUGUUUGUCCAGUCCGGGACGGGGCCACGGGUGUAUGGACCCGGCGGCACCCCCGAAUGCGACAACGUCCCCAACGGAUGCAUGAACGGCACAUACAUCCCGAAGCAAUGCAUCAAUAACACCCAUUGUGCUGAGUUCUGGGCCAGUGAUCCCUCGUAUGCGAGCUACUACAACGAGCGGCUGAUCGACGGACUCAAUCUCAACUUGACAAUUGCCUACCUGGAAGGUCAAUAUCUUGAAACCUACAUUACGGCCGGUGUACAGCCCAUCGUCUUUUACAACUGGAUUCCAAGUUUGUUCGUUUCAUCAUACAAUGUUACAAGAAUACCAUUCCCGUACAAGUCAAACUGUUUGGAUAAGUUUUUUCUGAAUCGAACAUACACUCCAGUAUCAUGCGAUUACCCGAUGGACUACUUGUUCAAGGCCACAAGCGUGGAGUUCAAGAAUGAGUUUAUAUAUCCGUACGAAUUGCUGGAGAGAAUGAAGCUGAACAAUGAGCAAAUCAACGAGCUCUUGAUCCAGAUUGGGCAAACAAAUAUGAAUGACCUCGACUACGGCAAUGUAGCAUGUCAGUGGAUAGUCGAAAACGAAGCAACAUGGAGUUCGUGGAUUCCAACACCCCCUGUCUUGGAUGUUGAAUACUGCCCAGUUGGACAAGGGAAAUACCAAAUAUCCAAUACGACCGUGUGCUUGAAGUGCUCUCAAGGCUUCUACAACUGGAAUCCCAACAACACCGAUGUUUGCUCCGCCUGUCCGAACCUGGCAACAUGCACUGGUGGAUCAAAUGUAACACCCAUGAAGGACUACUGGAUCAAUCCCAACGGGACUACUCCGCAAAUAAUUAAAUGCCCUGAAACCGGUGUCUGCUGGACAUUGGCUUCCAACAACAUGACUUCGCAAUGCACGGACGGAAUCGGAGGCGUUCUCUGCUGCGAAUGCAAUAAUCCGGAUCUCUACAAGUGGGGAGGUGAAUGCGUGCCAUGUCCUGGCAACCUUCCCGGACCUGCUCUGGUGCUCGUUGCGCUCGGGUGCUUCGCCUUUGUUCUCGUGAUCUAUUUGAUGCCGAAAACAUCUGGCGCGACGAUCGACAUUGUGACAUUCUAUAUCCAAGUCGCCGGAUUGAUCAAUGAACAGUUUGACUUUACGGAGCUAACGAGCAUCAUGUCGAUCAACAUGGAUCUAUCGACGACUUGCGUCUAUCCGGUGAAAGGGAUAUACAAAGCGCUCUCGUUCUUCAGCGUUCCUCCCUUCUUGGCAUUGUGCCUGCUGAUCGUAUAUGGAUGCAACAUUUUGAUUCGGCGGUACUAUCGACGAGAAACGGCGAUCUACACGCCUCUCAAAAAAUGGAUCGACUUCCACAACUCGGAUGAAAAGGAAGGCUCGCUUCUUCCGUACAUGAUCCACUCUGCGUUUGAGAUCAUUAUGUGCUGUGCGAUUCCACUUAUAAAUACGUCGCUCGAAAUUCUGGACUGCAGACAGAUAGGCGAUGUCAAACUGAUGUAUACAGCAGCCAACACAGUCUGUGGAGUCGGCGUGCAUUUUUGGGCGACAAUAUUUGCAAGCACGGUGAUUGCGUUCGUCCUUGGGAUGGCGCCGUUUUGGUCGCUUGUAUAUCUCUAUCGGCUCAAAACCCAGAAGAGACUAGCGCUGCAGGACGAGGAAGUAUGGCAUAAGUGCUUCUACAUGUCCUAUCGUCCCAAGUACUACUUCUGGCUUCCGGUCGGUCUAAUCGAGCGAGGAGUGAUUCUCCUGAUAUUCGUGCUCUAUCGAUCCGAUGACGUCUACCAAGUCAACGUUGUUCGGCUGCUGGUCAUUUUCCUGGUCGUGAUCAUCCGAUGUUAUACGCAGCCAUACAGAAACCCGAUGGAAGGGACUCUUUCUCGCGUGAGCGCACUCUGCUGGCUCACACUCGCCAGUAUCGACUUUCUGUACAUCUUCAGCUGGCAAGAUGCGUCGAAUCCGCUGAUGUACUUUUUGACAGCGAUUUUGUAUCUGCUGCCCGUGUUGAUAGUCGGGGUGUACUACGUGUUUUCGGGCAUCGAGUUCAUAAUCCGCAUGAUAAGAAUGCCCAAGAAGGUUUAGGACCAUUCAAGAUAUGGUGAUUCAGCCACUGACGAGGACUUUAGAGUGCUUCACUGAAGACAACCAUGCUUACGCUGCUGUAGUUCCAACCUACUGCCUUGAGUCAUAUGCAGCACAAAUGCAUUUGUUUCUUGAUUAUGUUUCCCAUGAUAUUUCUAUACUAUAGAGUGCG